AUGCAGCCCCAAUACCGCGCUUACGCGCAACAGCAGGUUCCCCAGCGCUCGCCUCAUGCGCCAAAUCAGCGCCGUGGUGGCAUUGGCCCAAUGAUGUCCUCAGGACCUCACCCGCAAGUUCCCCUUACCCAGGCGCAGAUCGCACACCAGCAACAGGCGCAGGCGCAGGCCAGCGAACUCGCGAAACGUCGAAGUCGAAAGCCCACCGAUAAAAAUCUUCCAGAUGGAGUCGAGGAUAGCAUCGUGAACCCCGAGGCAGUCCAAAGAUAUAAGGAUCUCAGAGAUGUUGAGCGACGCCUGGAUGCCACCCUGACACGCAAGCGGCUCGACGUCGUUGAUAGCGUCAACCACAGCUCAAAAAUCUAUCAGACCUUGCGAAUCUGGGUCAGCAACACUGUUGAAGAUCAGGUGUGGCAAAGCAAUGGACUCAACGUCGAUGCAUUUGAUUUCACCCCCAACAUGGAAGCUUCAUUCCGCGUCAAAAUCAGAGCUGCGCUGCUCGAUAACCAAGAGUACGAAGAAAAAGGUGGCGACAAGGUUGAAGAGAAAGUUGAAAAGACCGAGGGUGAAGAAGCUACCACGUCCGACUCGAAGGCCGACGCACCUAAAGAUGCUCCCUAUCGAUUCUCGCACUUUUUCAAAUCGAUCACUGUUGACUUUGACUCGUCGCGAUUCCGCAAUGGCGCCGAGCAGAUUGUUGAAUGGAAGAAGCCCGAAACCGGAGCCAGGAAUCAGGGUCCAGUUGGAACAUCUCCCACCCCGGAAUUCGAUGAAUUUUCUUUCAAGAGAAAUGGAGACGAGAAUAUGAAUAUCACGAUCAAGCUCUACCGUCACGAGAUACCUGAGCGUUACCAGCUUAGCCCUGAGCUUGCUGAGGUGGUGGACAUGACAGAGGCAACUCAGCAGGAGGCUGUCAUGGGCCUAUGGGAAUACGUCAGAAUGUCCGGUCUGCAGGAAGAUGAAGAGAAGAGGAACUUCCGCUGCGACGAUUUAUUGAAGAAGGUUGUGAAGCGAGGAGAUGUUGGGUAUAUUCCUUUGUUGAACGAAUAUGUUACACAACAUCUUAACCCUCUCCCUCCCGUUUCUCUUCAGUAUACGAUCCGGGUUGAUGAGGAGUUCCACAAAAACCCCCAGCCCACAAUUUAUGAUGUCCAAGUUCUGGUCGACAAUCCGUUGAGAGCAACCCUGCAACCUUGGCUAAGCAACCCCCAGUUUGCUAGCAUGCUCAAAGAAACGACUGCCUUGGAUGAUCAGCUGGCCAAGAUUGUGCAAGCGGUCUCGGUUUCGAAAGCCAAGCACACAUUCUUCACAUCGUUGAGCAAGGACCCAGCCAAUUUUGUCAGAAAUUGGCUUAGUUCUCAAAAGCGCGACCUUGACAUUGUCUUGGGCGAGUCAACAAGAAGCGGUGUCGACAGUGUUAAUGGAGAUGAAUGGAGACGAGGUGGAAGUGAUAGUAUUUGGGCCACUCAAAAUGCCAAGGAGAGCGUCAACGUGAUGUUGUCAGCUCAGCGCUGA